AUGGCGUCUAUCGAGCAUGGAACCGUCUUCCUCAACCCCGUGAUCUCGGGCUUCAGUCCUGAUCCGACCAUCUGCGUCGUGCCUGCGACUGAGUCCAAUCCGACGACAUUCUUCUUAUCAACCUCGACAUUCGAAUACUUCCCCGGUUGCGCGAUUUACACGUCCACAGAUCUUGUUAAUUGGAAGCUGAUUGGUCACGCUCUCACCCGGCGGAGUCAAAUCGAGCUGCGCACUGUUGAGCCUGGCGCCGGGAGCUGGGCAAGUACGCUGCGUUACCGGCCCAUCGAGAAGCGUUGGUACCUCGCGAAUGGCAUAUUCCAGCGUUACCGGCCCCCGAGCGAUGAACGUAUCUUCCCUCGCGGUUUCUAUGUGUGGACAGACAACAUCUGGGAUGAUAAUGCCUGGUCAGAUCCGGUCUACUUUGACAACCCUGGCUUUGACCAAGACUUGUUUUGGGACGACGACGGCAAGGUCUAUCUAUCUACAACUGUGCGGAUGGGGAAGCGGACACCCGGGCUGAAAUUGAAGGACUUCGCGAUCCACAUCUCAGAGAUCGAUAUCGAGACAGGGAGUACUUUGACACCUCCUCAGGUCAUCCGAGAAUCGCCUCAUGGGAUUGCCGAGGGUUCUCACAUCAUUCGGAAGGGCAAAUACUACUACCUGUUCACUGCCGAAGGUGGCACAGAAGCAGGCCACCAGGAAUGGGUUCUCAGGAAUGAAAUCGGUCCUUACGGCCCAUGGGAGACUCAAGGAAAGGCAUUAUGGUACAACGGUCCCGAUGAAGAGGUGCAGCGAACUGGCCACUGCGACGUCUUUGAGGAUGGCCGUGGCAUGUGGUGGGCCGUGAUGUUGGGCGUUCGUCCGGUCAAGUCUGAGGGCAAAUACAUCGAACCUCCAAUGGGGCGCGAGACCUUUCUAGUCCGAGUCGACUGGGUUGAUGACUGGCCCGUCUUCAAUCAGGGCCACAAUAUCACUCUUGAAACGGUCGGAAGGGAACCGGUGCAAAAAGCAUCCAUCGCGGACGCAGACGGGGUCAAAUGGAAUGCGGAUCUGUCACAGCGCUCCCUCGAUAUCGGUUGGUAUCACAAGAACACCCCAAUCAAGCCCUGCCAUAGCCUCACCGAGCGUCCGGGAUAUUUAAGGCUGUAUGGAAACUGCUUCGAUCUCAGCAGCCCAGAAUCUCCGGCGAUGUUGCUCAGAAAGCAGUCAUCAUAUCAUGAAAGCUUCAGGGCCAAGAUGCUGUUCAGACCUGGCAGAGCAGGUUAUGAGUCCGGAGUUACCGUGUGGUGGAGCCAAUAUUCCUAUGCUACGAUAGGAAUUACUGCGGUGCAGCGAGACGAUGGUUCGGUCGUUCCAACUGUCGUAUUGAGAGAACCCACGGGCAAGAUCAAUGACUUAAAGGUCUCGCAUCCACUUUUGGGAUCACAAUCGUCGCAUGGGGCAGCUCUACACUUGGAUCAACCCGUGCAGGUAACCGUCAUCGCACAUCCUACCAAAUACGAGAUGAGUCUCACCAACGGGGAUGUUCAAGUCGGGACGGCAUUCGCGUCAGAUGCCUUGACUGUCUUUCCUCCCGUUGGGGGUGCUUUCUGCGGAGUUAUGUUUGGCAUUUACUCAUUUGGUCGAGGCGAACCGGUGCUUGACCCCUCCGACUUCACAGAUUUGGCAAUUGUGCAGACGAGGAAGUAA